AUGUCGCUGACAGACUGCCCCCACAUUCUUUCCACCCCCUCCGCUGCCGCAUCCACCAUUGAAUCUUCCUCCGCCGCCACCGACUCCCCUAGUGCAGUACUGGAGAGUUGCAACCCUCCGCUCCUUUCCAUCUCCUGGUUCGGCAACCUUCUCGACACUUUUCUUUGCUGCGAGGCUGAGUUCAAGGCUGUUUUGGUAAUGGUCGUGACCCGUCCCAUUUCACGAAGACUCCGCUCGAUAAACUCAUCCCUGACCUCCUUGAUCGCUCUGCGAAACAAUGGUCCGCCGCCAACAGAUUCAGGCCAUGUCGUCCAAUCUCGCCGCACCACGUGGCGUAGUGUCAACCGGUCUGGCCAUGCCGGUUUACAUUAUGAGCACAGUUUUAGUAUUUGUGAUGUGGACUUUAGUGGCAGCAAUUCCAUGCCAAGAGAGAACUGGGCUGGGGACCCAUUUUUGUUGUCCCAAGGCAAUUGGGCUCCAAGAGAAAAUUGGAGAGGAGUAGAAGAAGGAGAAGGAGAAGAAAGGGACUGCUGA